UAGCGAAACCUAUUAUUCUAGCAUCAAUCAGCCAUCCCCCCUUCUUCCUUCCCAUUAUUUCCCCCCUUUCAGAACCGUUCACUCACCUGAGCAGCAAUUGUUCGAGACAGAACAAUCAUGCCUGCGUUCCGCACACACGAUACCCCUUCUCAAUCACUUGAGGUGAUUACAGACGCCAUUCAACCGCCUACCCUGGCCAUCAUUUCUCCGACGCCGCGCGCCUUCACUUUCCCUAUUGAUCAAAACGAAACCUGUCCUUACUCCUCGCCUAUUGAUUCUCCAUUUGAGCCAGAUCUCCGGAAGCUCACGCUCACCCCCACACUCAUUCGCACCCUUUCUCCUGUAUCUCCUUCAUCAUCAUCUUCACAAGGAUCAACCUCGGUCUUCUCCUCGACAUCAUCAUUCAAUACCUUAUCUUCUGGCCCUGCAUCGCCAUCAUCGCACAAACGCCGCAAGUCGUCGAUAUGCAGCGACAUCGAGCGUAGACCAAGAAAGGGCGAUGAGGAUUACAUCAAGCGUCCCGAAAAUGCUUUCAUCCUAUUUCGCAGGAAGUGUUGUGAGGAGAGACAACAAGCGCAGGAGGAGGCAGUAUCCGCAGCAUACGCUGAUGCCCCAACCAAGAAGCAGCGACAGGCAGAUCUGUCAAAAACGAUCAGUCAGCAGUGGAAAGCGCUUUCUCCAGAGGAGCGUCUCUACUGGGAGGAGCAGGCCAAGGAAAAGAAGAAGGAGCACGAGCAGAUGUACCCGAAUUACGUAUAUCGCCCCCAGCGAUCGAAGGACAAGAAGGGAAAGAAAAGUAAGCGAGGCGAGUUUGAGCACGAGACGGAUUGUGAGAGCAGCAUCUCGUUUGUGCUUCCAUUGUCACCUCCGACGGUGAUGAAGCAUGGCCGCUCUGCGUCCGCUCCUACUCCCCCACCUGCUCGGCAGACAAUCCAAGUUCCGACGGUGUACAUGCCUUCAUGUCCAACAUCACCAUCGUUGUUGCCAAUGAUCAGCCGCCGCGCGUCGCAUCCAGACCAUGGAAUGAAUUCGUCAGCGUCACAAUUCGAUUUCUUGCCUCAACAGCAAUUUUCGCAACCUAACGCAUAUAUGUCGGGUGUUGAUGCCAAUGGAUUCUACCAUGGGAUGUUCGAGAACCCCUCCGCGCCUCAUCCUCUGUCGAUUUCGACCGAUAUGUCGAUGAUGCACGCCAGUGAACAAAUGGUUUCUCCAGCGUCGUCAAUAACAUCCGCUUCAUCUGGCCCGCACAAUGGCCCAUAUACGCCCUUAAACUGCAUGCCUGCAUUCGCAUACCACGAGGCACCACAUGAUCUAAUGUCCUGCAUGAAUGGAGGAGAAAUAGAUUCGCCCGUGUCUGGAUCGCCUCUGGAUAACGUGCAUUUUGGAUACCCCGAGUCGUAUUCUUGGGAAGGACAGGGCGCAUGGGAAAGUCACGGUGACCUUCUUGCCGGAGACGAGUUCGACCUGAGUGCUAUUCCUCCAAUUCAGCUCGGUGUGCCAGGAUGCGGAGGAGAGCUAGCGUCCAUGAGCCAGCACUCGUCAGCAUUCAACAUUGACUUCGCACCUGGCCACUUUGACGCAUCCUCGAUGGAGGUACACCAAUAUCCCCUCGAACCGCAAGGGCAUGACACGUUUGAGCAGCUGUUCAACUUUGAGAACAUGCUUGUACCUGCCGGAUUCUGAUCUCUCAACCGAUGUAUGCUGGCGUCAUCGGUCUUGGACUUCCUUUUCAUAGGACACCUGUAACAUUACCCUUUAUCACAUCCACAUCCACGUCCACACGCGCUCACCUCUUCUUCCGUGAUA